CGAAACAAGCGAAAGUUCUCGCAGAUGGACGUCACAGGCCCAGUGCAGCAAUACCAGCAACAACAUCAGCAACAGCAAUAUCAGCAACAGCUGUCUCAGCAACAACAUCAGCAGCAGCCACAACAGCUGUCCCAGCAGCUUCCCAGCCCUCCCUACGAUGAUGAGAAGGCCAAACGGGAUCGUUUCCUGGAGCGGAACCGCCUUGCCGCUAGUAAAUGUCGGGAGAAGAAGAAGAAGCUCAACCAGCAGCUGGAGCAGCGGUUUAACGAGCUGCAAACCAAGAACACCGAGCUCAACACAGAGAUCGAGGAUCUUCGCGCCGAGGGGAUCGCCCUGAAGAACGAGCUGCUGAGGCAUAGCGAGUGUGGGGACCCGGCCAUCUCCAUCCAUCUCAGUCACAUGGUCCAGAACAUCACCGCCAGGGACCACGCGGCUGCAACCCGUCGGUCCGUCGAGAUUUCAGAUCUGCUGAUGAUGGGAGAUCAUGCUGCGGUGGCUACUGGCUCCAGGGUAUCUGUUUCUUCCAUGACCAACUCCCCUCCUGGUCUCUCCACCUCCAGGUCGGUUAGUUCGUCGGGUUCCUCCGGCCUCUCGCCUGAUGCUGCUGCCGCCGCUGCCGCCUUCGGCUUUGAUAGCCCGCCUAUGCAUAUCAUGCCAUUCGCCAGCGGCUCCGCUAGCAGCAGUCACGACACACACAGCAGCCUCAAGUCGGCCAUGGAUGGCUCAUUGGACUCGAUGCCUGAAUACGAGUUCCUCGAGGAUCUUGCUUUGAUGGACUGA